UUGGGAUUAAAAGUGUGAGCCCACCAAUUUUUAAAUUUUUUAAAAUCAUUCUGACCAUGCCUGAAUGCCCAGCUCCAAAGCACAAAUCCCAUACUUAAUGUCUGCACUUGAGCCAACCCCACCCCUAUCCACCUUCAGAACUUUCCAUCUUCCUAAACUGAAGUUGUAUCCCUGUGAGCCACGCACUUACUCUCAGUCCCUUCCCAGUCUUGGCACUCCAUCCGGCUUUCUGCCUCGUAGACCUGAGACUCAGGUAGUGUUUGCCCUUGUGAGACCAACCAGCUCCUUGCAGCUAGGCCUCUGAGGAGCAUCCAACAACAUGUAGGAGGCUCUCCUUUCUCUUUAAGGCUGACCUCAGUCCAGUGUCUGGGUAGAUUCACUGUCAGUCAAUACACGCAUCCCCUAGGCUGGCUCUGCUUUCAAACACCUUGGCUCUGCAGUGCCUUUUGUUGGCUACUGAUACUGUGGAGUGGUGAACAGGGGUUUUGAGGAACUUUUCUGUAAUUUCAAAAACAAUGCCAGCUCAAGUGAGCAAGGAAGUUGAGGAGCCUGGGUGUGGGCCUUACCGGAAAAACUUAGUCAGGGGCUGGUUUUAGAUGUGUCCCAGCUGGCUAAGGCUGCAUUUGGACGGCUACUGGCUAUUCAGCCCCUGCUUCUGUCUCAGAUGGCACGGCAGGAACGUCUGCUGCGGCAGCUGCUGAUUCUAUGGGUGAUAGUUUACAGUGUAAGCAGUACAAGCCAGUGUGGGACAGAUGAGUUCCAAUUCGACACCCUCUGCUGCCAACUUUGUCCUAGUGGCACACACCUCUUUAAACCAUGCCAGGAAAACCAUGGUAUGAGUAAAUGUAUCCCAUGUGAAUCUGGAUUUUUUAUGAACCACAAUAACAGUGAGUCUAGCUGCUUUCGCUGCUCUCUGUGCCGGGAUGACCAAGAGGAAGUGGCCAAAUGCUUCCAGAAUGCUGAUCGUGAGUGCCAGUGUAAGCAGGGCACCUAUUGUAACUCUGAAAACUGUGUGGAGAGGUGCCUUCCAUGCAGCAGCUGUCCUAACAAUAAAGUCAUCAGGCAAUGCAAUGCCACGAUGGACACACUGUGUGACCUGUCUGAUUCAGAGUCUGGUAACCCUUCUGAUCCAGAGUCAAGAAUGCCAUGCUUCCACUGUGUCUGCCUGUCUGAGUCUCUGAAGGCUGUAGUAACCACAGCUGCUAUCAUCAUCAUCAUUGCCGCUUUCAUCGCCGCUUCCAUCGCCCUCGGUUUCUGUGUAUAUAAACUAAGAAGCAGAUGCAGAGAUCCACAGCCAAGCACUGGGCCAAGCGCUGGGAGUCCAGUCGAAGAGAGCAAGAGCUUUCAACAAGUUAAUGAAGUUAUGAUGGUCUAACAAGCAAACAAAUGGCACUUGUGAAGUUCACUGGAUUUAAAGACAUUGAUUUUCAUGAGCACGUGCAUAGAGGAAGCAGUGAACAUGGCAAGCUUGGCAGUGCUUGUGAAUAUCCCUUUAUGUGGUGUGAAUAUAUGUCACUGUGGUUGAUUUAAUAAAGAGGUUGACUGGCCAGUAGCUGGUCAGGUAGAGGUUA